GUCACUCUGACUUGUGGACGCAGGCUGCUCCUCCCUCCACCGCCUCCUCCUCCUCUUUCGGGCGCCGCCGCCGCCCUCUCUCCAGUUCUCGGCGUCCAGGAAGGAGGGAGAGGCAGAGAAGGAGGCAGGACUCGCGCUCGGGCCGUCCGAGGGAGGGAGAUCCAGCCCCAGCAUGCAGACCGCCGGGCGGUAGAUGGUGAGCGUACUCAACCCCUCCAGCUGAUUUCGACUCGCCUCCGCCUCUCCUGCUGCUGUGGAGCUGCCAAGUCCCAGUCCAUGGCCCGUUCUUGGAUUCCUCUCCUCUCUCGACGGCGGCAGAUUGGUUCGUGGAAACUGAGGAACACAGGAAUGACACGAGCAAAUUCAGCCUGUCUUCCUAUGGGGGAUCUUGUGGGUGUCAACUACAACAGUGUCAAUGAGGGCGAAGAGCGUAAGGGAGGGCAUGGCAUCCCCAAGGUUUCUAUGGUCCCUCUCGUCUUCCUCAUAUUUUAUGAGGUUUCCGGGGGUCCCUUUGGGAUUGAGGAUAGUGUCAAGGCUGCUGGGCCACUGCUAGCAAUUGUGGGUUUUCUUCUGUUUGCACUCAUAUGGAGCGUCCCAGAAGCUCUAAUCACUGCUGAGAUGGGCACUAUGUUCCCAGAGAAUGGUGGAUAUGUUGUCUGGGUCUCUUCGGCUCUUGGACCAUUUUGGGGUUUUCAGCAAGGCUGGGCAAAGUGGCUCAGUGGUGUCAUAGAUAAUGCUCUAUACCCAGUCCUCUUUCUUGACUAUGUCAAAUCCAGUGUUCCGGCUCUUGGAGGUGGGCUCCCAAGGACGUUGGCAGUGCUUAUCCUCACAGUUGCAUUUACAUACAUGAACUACAGAGGGCUAACGAUAGUUGGCUGGGUGGCAGUCUUUCUUGGGGUGUUUUCUCUCCUCCCUUUCUUUGUGAUGGGAUUGAUUGCUAUUCCCCGGAUUGAACCUUCAAGGUGGCUUCAAAUGGACUUGGGGAGCAUGAAUUGGGGUUUGUAUCUGAAUACACUGUUUUGGAACCUCAACUAUUGGGAUUCAAUUAGUACAUUGGCUGGGGAAGUUGAGAAUCCAAAGAGAACCCUCCCGAGAGCUCUUUCUUAUGCUCUAGUUCUAGUAGUGGGGGGAUACCUCUACCCUCUGAUCACGUGUACAGCAGCAGUUCCAGUUGUUCGUGAGUACUGGUCAGAUGGGUACUUUUCAGACAUUGCAAGAAUUCUUGGUGGCUUCUGGUUGCACUCAUGGAUUCAAGCAGCAGCUGCAUUGUCCAACAUGGGCAACUUUAUCACUGAAAUGAGCAGCGAUUCUUACCAGCUUCUGGGAAUGGCUGAGCGUGGCAUGCUCCCUGAAUUUUUCGCCAAGAGGUCGCACUACGGGACCCCGCUGAUUGGCAUCUUGUUCUCCGCCUUUGGUGUAGUCCUGCUGUCUUGGAUGAGCUUCCAAGAGAUCAUCGCUGCGGAGAACUACCUCUACUGCUUCGGGAUGAUACUGGAAUUCAUCGCCUUCAUCAAGCUAAGGGUGGCCCAUCCCAACGCCUCCCGGCCCUACAAGAUCCCGCUAGGCACCAUUGGCGUUGUGCUGAUGAUCAUCCCUCCUGCCAUCCUGAUAGUUGUGGUGAUGGCCCUGGCGUCCUACAAGGUGAUGGCAGUUAGCAUCGUGGCAAUGGUUGUUGGGUUCGUGCUGCAGCCGUGCCUGGUCUACGUGGAGAAGAAGCGGUGGCUGAGGUUCUCCACAAGUGAGGACCUGCCUGAUUUGCCUGAUUCACAAGAUGCUGAAGAUGACACUGUCCCGCUUGUGUUCUGAUUCGAUUAUAUUUUGUUCUGGAGGUGUAAUUCCAGAUUGGAGCAGUCUAGGACGGAAGGUACUGGGAUUCUUGAUUUGGCAUCAGAUCAAAAUGUGACCCCCAGUGGUGGUCAACGGAGCUCAUCGAAAUACUUUGUGUUGCCUGCUGUCGCUUAAAAUAAACAUGUUAGAUCCAUGACA